AUGUCUGCCACGGAAGGUGCGUUGAUCCGAGUCUAUCGGGAUAUCGAGGGCGACGAGCGCCAAAUCCAACACAAUCUCGCGGCCCUCGCCAGAACGAGGCUUGAGAUCCGCAACCUGGGCGAGAGAAUCUGCGAUGCGCACGGCAGAGCGCCGGAUGCCGCGCCAUUGGACGGCAACGCGAUCUUCCAGCUGCACGUGCAGAGGGCCAUGCUGUACCGUCAGCUGGCAGCGGCCGACCAGCAGAUCGCAGCGCUGCACCAGGGGCCGCGGGCUCUGCUGAGGCUGCAGGGCUAUCUCGAGGCCUGCCACUCCAUCGACCUCGCGAUGCCCGCGCGCGACCUGCUGGUGCCGGCGCCGGAGGUCAAGACCCACGACCGGAUCCUGCCGAAGAGGUGGCCCCGGUCCAUCGUGCCGGCGCCGGAUUUCGCGGCGAAGCAGCUGCGCAUCUGGAGCAGGAUGGCCGACAGCGCCGAGCUGCGCACCAACGCCUGCUAUCCCAGCAUUACCGACCUCGAAUGGGUGCGCGGCACGGUGGACGGCAUCCACGUUGGUUGUGUGUCGUCCCUGGCGGGGUUUAUGCACCGGACGGUGGACGAAGCGGUCGAUACAAUCCUCGACCACAUCGUCCAGAGCGAGAGUCUUGUCAACGGACUCGAGAUUGGAGGUUUUGUCCUGACCCAGCCCGGGUCUGAGCCGCGCAUCGCCACGGCCCGCUCCCUCCUCAUGCGCGACGGGAUGAGGGCCAUGGUUGCGUUCCGACACGCCGAUUCCCAGGAGGUGCCGCUGCUCGUGGCCUGCUACCGGCCGCCACACCGGCUGCGCCUCAACGAGAUCCUCAAGGGGUUCCAACGAGACAUUGACGUGGAGCGAGACGUCAUUGGCAGGAUAGGCAACGACUUUGCCUUCACGUCCAGGUGUCUUGUGGCCGCCGUCGUCACCCAGCUCUACGACCGCAUGCGCGCCGUGGGCACGCGCUUCGGCUACAUCAGCACCGGCGAGGCCCUCGUCUUCCUCAAAAUCAUGCGCGAUGCACGCUUUGUGCAGUACUCCGUCUGUGUGCCUCGCCGCGAUGUCGAAGCGGACGCUGAGACGGGCCUCCACCGCACGGCGGCUGCGCAGGUGCUGGCCUUUACCCUGCGAGCUCUUCGAGCCGUUACCCUGCGGCGAGCUCUUCUAGAAGCCGAGCAGCCAGUGGACGACGAAGCGUGCGACCUGUCGGCAGAGCAGAGGCAGUGGAGGGUGAACCCCGACAACGUCUUCAACCGGAUCCCUCCGAUGCUGCGCAAGAUGGAGCGCAAUAUCCAGUAUGUUCCGCAUGACUGGAGGCCCCUCUUGGAAGCGUCGCCCCUCGAGCAGCGCGCGCGUUCCUUGGUCUGGCCCGGGUCGAGAGGCCGCACCAACGAGGCCGAUUUCAACGACUACGGCGUCUUCAAGUUCCUCUCCAUCCAUCGCAUCGACCCGCAGGGAGAGCGGAUAGACCAACGGCCUUUUUGCACCCCGCGCUGCCUCUUGGGCCUUGCGCGCGGCGACGCUCUGGACAAGGAGUGUCCUAACUUUCGGCAUCACGGCGACAAGCACAUGUCGCGAGCCCAGUUUCUCAGACGCCUGCAGACGCAGCUCGACAGGGAGGUGGCAGGCAGGGACGACACCAACUGCCAGCCCAUCUGUCGCAGCGGCUUCUACACGGCGCUGUUCAAGGUACGGCUCGCGUCGCAUGGCUACACGCUGCUGAUGAAGGGCGUCGUCCAACCCAAGGUCAAAUACCUGCGUCACGAAUGUGGCAUUUACGACAGCCUGAAGGAGAUUCAGGGCAGGUAUGUCCCCGUUUGCCUCGGCAUGAUUCAGACCCGGGAUCCGAUCACCAGGCUGCAUGGUAAAUAUGUCAGCUUCAUGCUUCUCGGUGGGUUUCCCGGCGGGCUGAUGCCUCUGCGCCAAUGCGUCACGGCGGGCGUUGACAAGGGUGAGAUUGUCGAUGCCGUUGACGCUGCGUUUGAGGCGAUCCACGGGCAGCGCGUCUUGCAGUAUGAUCCGGAGCCGCGGAAUAUGCUGUACGAUGCGGACGGGAAGAGGGCCGUGAUUGCGGAUUUCGAGAGGGCCGUGUGGAAUACGUUGGUGGGGCAGCAGGUGCUGGAUAUGAGCGUGAGGAGGGCGGGUGCGGCGACGAGGUAUGCGGUGCGGACGAAUGUGAUGGAUGGGUGGUUUGAGCGGGAGAGGGGGUAUGUGAGGGAGAGGGUUGCCAAGUUUUGCGAGUCUGAUUAUUAGUUUGUUUGGGAUGGGAUGGUUUUUGUUGUGAUACCCAUUUGUUUUGAUACCCAUUUGUUUUGGAUACCCAUUUGUUUUGAUACCCAUUUGUUUUGGAUACCCAUUUGUUUGAGAUACCCACUUGUUUGCUCUGAUGCCCUUAUAGAUAUACAGGUUCAUGUAC